AUGAUCGCCGAUGAUUUCGAAUCCGAAUUCUAUGAUACAUCUUUAGAUAAAUUCGAGACAUAUGAAUAAUAUUUAGACGAGCACAUAACAGCCGAAGAUAUGUUUUAUUUAGAAGACCGUGAAUUAGCCCGCUAACUCCGUGAAUAAAAUAAUCAUAAUGCAAAAACCGAAAUUUUAACUCGAGAAUAAUUCGAGGCUAAAAAAUAAGCUGCCAAAGAGGCUAAAAACAAUCAAAAUAAAGACAAGACAAAAAGUCUUGCUCAUACCGAAAUAAAAAAUAAAGCAGCCCUUGAAAAGUGUGAUUUUUUGAAAGCUUUAGCAGCAAGAGAGUAAGAUGUUUUGAAUGGCUUAAAACAGAAGAUUUUAAACCGUAUUUUGAAGGGAAAAAAAAACUUUUACCAAGGACUACUGACUUGA